AGACCAGCAUCUCGGGGGCCCCUGCGCCUCUAACCAUGGCAGAUACAACGCAACGCGCUCUGCUGAACGCUUUCUUGCGAACCAUCUCAGAUGAUAUCAUUCCGCUGACAUCAUCAGGCGUCGCGAAGGGCGAUAAGGUCUUCGGCGCCUCCAUUCUUCGAAAGUCGACGCUGGAGGUUAUCGUAUCAGCGACUAAUAACGAGACGAAGUCUCCACUCCUGCACGGAGAGACGAACUGCCUGUUGAAGUUCCACGAGUUGGAGGAUAGACCUUCCCCGAAAGACUGCAUCUUGCUCUCUACGCAUGAGCCGUGUUCUCUGUGUCUUUCUGCUAUCUCAUGGAGCGGCUUCAACAGCUUCUUCUACCUCUUCACGUACGAAGAUACACGUGAAGUCUUCACGAACCCACACGACCUCAAGAUCUUGGAGGAGGUCUUCAAAGUGAAAGCAGAAGGCGAGACAGACGAAGCAUACAACAGACGACCUUUGUACAACAGACAGAACGCCUUUUGGACCGGCAAGUCUGUGGCCGUUUUGAUCGAAGAACUUGGCGAUCCGGCAGAGAAAACUGAGAUGUUGGAGCGCUUUCGCGUUGUUCGGGAGAGGUACAAUGGCCUCUCGCAUACGUACCAGAGAAGCAAAGGCAAGAGUGAUAUUCCGUUACCAUGA